GCGCUGCCGCCCGCCCCUGCGGCUCCCCAAGAUGGCGGACCGGCGGCGGCAGCGCGCCUCGCAGGACAGCGAGGACGACUCGGACUCGGCCGCCUCCGACAGCGCCGAUUCUGCUGCCAGCGCCGCUCGUUCUCGCUCGGGUUCCGGUUCCCGCUCGGGCUCCGGCUCUCCCCGUCCGCCUCACCGCUCGCCGCGCGGCGCCUCCGGGGCCCUCAGCGCUGGGCCGCGGGGCCGCGGGGCCGAGAGCGCUGCCGGGGGAGCGGCCAAGAGCGCGCCCGAGUCCGAGUGUGAAAGCGAGGAUGGCAUUGAAGGAGAUGCUGUACUCUCGGAUUACGAAAGCACAGGAGACUCAGAGGCACAGGAAGAGGAUUACAGCGAAGAAGAAAGUGCCAAAGUGGAACUGAAGCAGGACAGUAAUGGUUCCUGUGAGUCAGCAGCAAAAGCAGAGAAAGGGGAUGAGAAACCUGACCCCAAAGGUGCUGUGACGGGUGAGAGGCAAAGUGGGGAUGGGCAGGAGAGCACUGAACCUGUUGAGAAUAAAGUUGGGAAAAAGGCUCCCAAGCACCUGGAUGACGAUGAGGAUCGGAAGAACCCGGCUUACAUCCCACGCAAAGGGCUCUUCUUUGAGCAUGACCUCCGGGGGCAGACACAGGAGGAGGAGGUCAGGCCAAAGGGUCGUCAGAGGAAGCUGUGGAAGGAUGAGGGCCGCUGGGAGCACGACAAAUUCCGUGAGGAUGAGCAGGCCCCCAAGACCAGGCAGGAGCUGAUUGCCCUGUAUGGUUAUGACAUCAGGUCAGCUCACAACCCCGAUGACAUCAAGCCCAGGAGGAUGCGCAAACCCAGGUUUGGGAGUCCUCCUCAGCGAGACCCGAACUGGUCCAACGAAAGGCCAAACAAGCCCCCCAGGCACCAAGGUGCAGACAGCAUCUCGGCUCCCCCUCGAACCUUCACCAACAGGAGCUCAGCUGGAACAGGGAGGAUGCCCCCACCUCGGAACUACCCAAGGAUGGGGGGCUACAAAGAGACCCGGCCGAGCUACCGCGCUGCCGAAACGAGUGCCCAACAUCUGUCCCGAAACGGGGAGCAGGGAAAGCAGGAGAGCAGCUACAGAGCCAAACGUGGAGAGCAAACCCCACCAAGGGACAAAUCACCCGAGAUGGAAGUGGUGCACGUCCAUGGCAGCCCUGCCAAGGAAGAGAUUCCUUUGGAGAACCAAGCUGCAGCUGGUGAUGCUGUACAGCCACCACCAGACAGACCAAUUGAAAAGAAAUCUUAUUCCCGGGCAAGAAGGACCAGAAUGAAAGCUGGGGAUGCAGGGAAGCUGGCAGAUGAAGUGCCCACCUCGGAAGGGCUGACUCCUGUGCCUCCAAAACCUAUGCAAGCUGAGACCUCCCCCCCACCAGCCAAGAGCAGUAACUGGGAGUCAGCAGUAGAAUCCAGCCUGGAUGGACUCGAGCAAGAGAUGACCCAGAUGAAUCUCAGCGAGCAGAACUGGACCCCAGGGCAGUCACAGUUCAUCCAGCCCCGAGAUCUGAGAGGUAUUCCUAACCAUAUGCACGUGGGAACUGGGCCACCACCUCAGUUUAACAGGAUGGAGGAAAUGGCAGUGCAGGGAGGCCGUGUCAAACGCUACUCCUCGCAGCGGCAGAGACCGCCGGUGCCAGAGCCUGCACCCCCCAUGCACAUCAGCAUCAUGGAAGGGCACUACUAUGACCCACUGCAAUUCCAGGGACCAAUCUACACCCACAGUGAGAACCCGGCCCCACUGCCACCCCAAGGGAUGAUUGUGCAGCCGGAGAUGCACCUCCCUCAUCCAGGUUUACACCCCCACCAGACCCCAGCCCCCAUGGCAAACCCUGGGCUCUACCCCCCACCAGUCUCCAUGCCCCCUGGGCAGCCCCCGCCGCAGCAGCUGCUUGCACCAACUUACUUCUCCCCUCCUGGAGUCAUGAAUUUUGGGAAUCCUGGCUACCCCUACCCCCCAGGAGCACUGCCUCCUCCACCCCCUCCUCAUCUCUAUUCCAACACCCAGGCCCAGUCCCAGGUGUAUGGAGGGGUGACGUACUACAACACUGUCCAGCAGCAAGUGCAGCCCAAGCCUUCUCCACCUCGAAGGACAUCCCAGCCUGUCACUAUCAAGCCACCACCUCCUGAGGUACCAUCCCCUCAGCGUGGUAAGCAGGGCUCCAGUUAAUUUGAGUUUCUAAAUACUUUAAACUAAACCCACGUAAAAAAGACAGCAAAAGUGAAAAAUCAAAGGAGAGGAGCAACACGUAGGGAUGCAGCAGUGGGAAUCCCAGCGCCAGACUUGGCACCUUGGCAAGGAGGAAGCUGCUGCCUGGGAAAGGCUCCUUCCCUGUGCGUAGGUGAGGCAGCGGGAUGAAAUUGGCUGCACCGUCUUGUGCUCAGGGCCAGGCACCUUCCCUCUCUGGUUUUACUGGUGCCCUCCUGAAAACCAUCUCACCGCUGCUGACCUGCCCUCCUCCCCCCAGCUGGGGCACAGAGGUCACCCAAGAACCAACCCCCAGAGUCGGUCCUUGGCCACAAGUUCUCGCAACUUCUCUCUCUUACUAAAUGUCUGCCCUUUUCCCUCUCUAGGAUGUUAAACCCGACUGGCUUGAUUGUGGUCUCUGUUUUUAUUUAAGAAAUGAAGCAGCUCCUUCAGUAAAGCUGAUUUGUUUCUUUUGGGUA